AAAUGUUUAUUUUAUUUCUUAAAUACUCUACCAGCUGGUCUGCAUCUGCGGUGACCUGUGCUUUGCUAGAUUUGUGCUGUUAUGCAAGAAAAAAACAUCCUUUGCUUUUCUUUCUUCCAUCAAAAAGAAAAUAUCUUCAUUUCAAAUCUGGGUAAUCUCUCUAUCUUAUUCUUGGAGCAUAUUUAAUCAUAAAGGUGCAAUCUUUUCACUUCUUCUGCAGUUAUCUUUUGUGGGUUUUAGUACAAAUACUUGAAUUUUUUCAAUUCUUGAAAAAUGAUGGAUUCCUGGAGUUUUAAGAUGUUGUCAUUAUAUAGUUUUUUGUUUACAUUAAUGUUGGGAUUUUUGUGUGUUUCUGGAUUUAAACCUGAAGAUAAUUACUUAAUAAACUGUGGAUCUUCAAAAGAUACUAAUAUUGGUAAUAGGGUAUUUGUGUCUGAUAAAUCAUCUGCAAAAUAUCUUUCAACUGAUCAAAAUAUAUUAGCUGAUAUUACACCUUCAAAAAACUCAAUUACAAAUUCUGUUGAUUCACCUCUUUAUCAAACAGCUAGAGUAUUUACUAAAGAAUCUAGUUAUAAAUUCACUAUUACCAAAUCUGGUAGGCAUUGGAUCCGCCUUUAUUUUAAUCCAUUUGUUUACAAAGAAUAUGAUAUGAGCUCAUCAAGAUUCUCAGUUAAAACUCAACAAAAUGUUCUCCUUGGCAGUUUUAGUCCUAAGAAUGUUUCUAUUAAAGAAUUUUCUGUGAAUGUAACAACAAAGGAUCUUGUUAUCAUUUUCUCUCCUUUGAGCUAUUCAUUUGCCUAUAUAAAUGCCUUGGAAGUCGUGUCCGUACCUGAUUCCCUUAUAACCGAGGAGGCCCCGACCUUCGAUCCACCGGGAGUAUUCAGUAAUAUGUAUGCUCAGGCAAUAGAAACAGUUGCUAGAGUAAACAUGGGUGGACCAGCUGUAUCGUUUGAAAACGAUACACUAUGGCGAAAUUGGGUACCUGAUAAAAGUUUUUUGACACAACCGGAUUUCGCUAAGUCCGUGUCAAAGAUCGGAUCUGUUAAGUAUCCUGCAGAUGGAGCAACAGUGGAUAUUGCACCUCAGACAGUUUAUGGUACUGCCACUAAGAUGAAUGUGGAUGCUUCUGGUAACGAUGCUAGUGCUAAUUUUAAUGUGACUUGGGGGUUCAAUGUGGAGUUAGGUUUCCAGUAUUUCAUUCGGUUACACUUGUGCGAUAUAGUAACUACAGCUGCUAACCAGCUGUUGUUUAAUAUCUAUGUUGAUUCGUCGAAUGUAGCUGCUGAUUUCGAUCUGAGUUCUAAAGUUAGCGGAUUGGCCAACGCGUAUUACAUGGAUUUUGUUACCCCACUGGCUAAUAGCAACAAAAUUAGCAUUAGUAUUGGCCCAUCUUCAAAGAGUGCUUAUCCAGAUGCCUUUCUAAAUGGACUGGAACUGCUGAAGUUGAAUAAUUCUCGAGGAAGCCUUGCGGAUGUGCCCUCUGUACCUACUUCCUCAAGCUCGGGCUCAAAGAAGAAUAUCGGUGUAAUUGUGGGUGUGAUCAUAGGUGUCACACUCGCUUUGCUGAUGGUUGGUGUUUUGUUUUGCAUGCGCAGAAGGAGAAAGCAGGAACAACUUCGCCUGUCAAAAUCAUGGGUUCCUUUCUCUACCACUGGUGGCAUGUCUCACACUAUGGGAAGCAAAUAUUCAAACGGGACGACCAUAAGUGCUACAUCUAACAUGAGUUAUCGCAUACCUUUUGUAGCCUUGCAAGAAGCAACCAAAAAUUUCGAUGAGAGUUUGGUCAUUGGAAUAGGUGGUUUCGGAAAGGUAUUUAAGGGUGUUUUAAGCGAUGGUACGAAGAUAGCUGUGAAAAGGGGAAGUACCAGUUCCCAACAAGGUCUUAGGGAGUUCCAAACUGAAAUAGAGAUGCUCUCUCAGUUUCGCCAUCGUCAUCUUGUUUCGUUAAUCGGAUACUGUGAUGAAAAGAACGAGAUGAUUCUUGUGUACGAGUACAUGGAAAACGGGACCCUCAAGGGGCAUUUGUACAAUUCGGAUAUGCCUAGUAUGAGCUGGAAACAGAGGCUCGAGAUAUGUAUUGGGUCAGCCAGAGGUCUACACUACCUUCAUACUAGCUAUGCCAAAGCGGUUAUACAUCGUGAUGUCAAAUCUGCAAACAUAUUGCUUGAUGAGAAUCUUAUGGCGAAAGUUGCUGAUUUCGGACUUUCUAAGGCGGGGCCCGAGCUCGAUCAAACACACGUUAGCACAGCGGUGAAAGGGAGCUUUGGGUACCUAGAUCCCGAGUAUUUCAGGAGGCAGCAAUUGACUGAAAAAAGCGAUGUUUACUCUUUCGGUGUUGUUUUAUUUGAAGUUCUUUGUGCUAGGCCUGUCAUCGAUCCGACUCUUCCGAGGGAGAUGGUAAAUCUAGCUGAAUGGGCGAUGAAGUGGCAGAAGAAGGGACAGCUCGAGCAAAUCAUAGAUCCGAAACUUGCUGGACAAAUAAGACCGGAUUCCCUCAGGAAGUUCGGGGAGACAGCAGAGAAGUGCUUGGCUGAUUUUGGUGUGGACAGGCCUUCGAUGGGCGAUGUGCUAUGGAACCUCGAAUAUGCACUUCAACUUCAAGAGGCGGUUGUUCAAGUCGAUCCUGAUGAAAACAGUAGCAAUCUCAUUGGAGUGCUCUCUCCUCAACUGAACGAUUUCAGUCAUGUCAAUGCCACUGCUUCAACCGGGCAAUUUGGACCGUCGAAUCUUGAUGAUUUAUCUGGAGUUUCCAUGAGUAAAGUUUUCUCUCAAUUGGUUAAGUCCGAGGGAAGAUAAACUGGUAUAUAUUGUGCCUAGCUCCUCUCUAUUUUUACAUUUUUUGUUCAUUAAUCAUGUGAAGAUUGUAUUUUUUUGUCAUAGUUUGUUCUAUGAAUUGGUGAAUUUUAUAGAGAAAUCACUUCCAAGUCUCAUGGCA